GACAACAACGACCUUCAAGAAAAUAUCGAAGGUUAGACCGCAAACCCCGCGGUGGCAAUUCAAACAUGAAGGACGCAUCAGAUAGUGGUGUUCCGGCACCUCUACUGACAGCCGUGAACGUUGAGUCACAAGUCCAUCUGAUCAUCGGGGCCAACCCUCUUGCAGCAGCCCGUUGUGCCAAAAGUAUUGAAGCUGGCGCAAAGCCCGUUCUCAUUGCCCCGGACACAGAGAGCCUGCAAUACACGUUGGUCGAACGGAUUGAGAACGGCUCUUUGAAGUGGCUUCGCAGAGAGUUCAAGGAUGAGGAUCUCACGAGCCUAGGAAGAGAGGAAGUCGACCGUGUUGUAGACACGGUCUUUGUCACUCUAGGCGGAAACAACCCAUUGAGUGCACACAUUUCCAAGCUCUGCCGUCGUCUGAGAAUUCCAGUCAAUGUCUCAGAUGCUCCUGAACUCUGUACCUUCAGCUUGCUGUCUACUUAUUCGGACGGCCCUCUCCACAUCGGCAUUACAACUUCAGGGCGCGGCUGUAAGCUGGCGUCACGACUCAGGAGGGAAAUCUCCUCGGGACUCCCAUCAAAUCUCGGAAGUGCCAUUGACAGGCUAGGUGCAGUGAGAAAGCGCCUAUGGGCGGAGGAUUAUGCUGCCGGACUAUGUGAUGCACCGCUAGAGGGUGACGAAGAUGAUGCAACUGGCCAACGGCACACAUUCAAUACAUUAGUGACAGAAGACGACAUCUCUGCAGCCAAGACCCGCCGCAUGCGCUGGCUGUCCCAGAUCUGUGAAUACUGGCCCCUUCGCAAGCUGGCCGCCAUCACAGACGAAGAUAUUAACGCCAUUCUUGAGGCCUACUCGUCUAGCAAAGACGGGCCCAAAGAUCUCAGCAACUCGGAAACCUUGUCAAAGAAGGGCAAGAUUGUUCUUGCUGGCUCCGGCCCAGGACAUCCAGAUCUACUCACACGCGCAACAUACAAUGCCAUCCAAUCCGCCGACAUCAUCCUGGCCGAUAAACUCGUCCCAGCACCCGUCCUAGAACUCAUCCCCCGCAGGACAGAAGUCCACAUCGCGCGAAAGUUCCCAGGCAACGCAGACCAGGCCCAAGAGGAAUUCUUGAAGAUGGGCUUGGACUCCCUACGUCGAGGAAGAUACGUCCUCCGACUGAAGCAGGGUGACCCCUACCUCUACGGCCGAGGAGGCGAAGAAUUCGAAUUCUUCCGGGGCGAAGGCUACACACCCGUCGUCCUUCCCGGUAUCACCAGUGCACUGAGCGCGCCCCUCUUCGCAGACAUCCCCGCCACGCACCGAGGCGUAUCCGACCAAGUCCUCAUCUGCACAGGCACAGGCCGCAAAGGCGCAGCCCCAGAACCCCCUACUUACGUCCCCACACAAACCGUCGUCUUCUUGAUGGCCCUGCACCGUCUGUCCGCGCUCAUCGAAUCCCUGACCACCGAGCCAGCGGAGGGUGCCCGUCCACGGACCCCAUGGCCGAAAGACACUCCAUGCGCAAUUAUCGAGCGAGCCUCCUGCACAGACCAACGCGUCAUCCGGUCUACCCUGGAGCACGUCAGCGCUGCCUUCGAAGCCGAGGGCUCAAGACCCCCUGGUCUCUUGGUUGUCGGCGCGAGCUGCCAUGUUCUACAUCCCGCUCAAGGACAAAAAUGGGUCGUGGAAGAGGGAUUCCGUGGAUUGGAUGAAUUGCUUACGGAGGUUACGGCUUGUCAGAAUGAAUGAUGCAGGGAUAGAAGCUUUAUGAUCGUUACGGUUACGGAUGAUGCUCACUUCGGGUUUGGAUUUGGACGGAUUUUUGUUGCAUAGAUACCCAUAUACCGAAUAGAC